AUGGCGCCCAAGUGUCCACCGAGUGUUUUUGGAAAGCGGGUGGAGCCAGACAGCAUCACCAACUUCCUGGGGACCCAGGAGGUUCUUCUGCUGACUGCUCAAUUCCAUGUCAAAUCCAAAGUGGAAGAUAUUGUCCUGGUUUUGUUGCCCUGGCGAGCUCUUGUGCUGCCAGCGAAGCUACCCAUCAAGGUGCAAGCAAGCUUCAGCUACUUGGCAGUUCAACUUAUCAAAAUGGGAGAAGCUGGCCAGGUUGUCAUAGAAACAGAUACGACCUAUGAAUUUGAGUUCCUGUCACUGGACGACUUGGAGUACGUGGUCAUUCAUAUGGUAGAGUUCCUUAAGAAGAUGUUUCCAGAUUCAUCUCCUUGGAAACUACUCCAGAAUGCCUCCUCCAGCUUGCUGGACAGAAUACAAAAGAUAAGCAAUUACUUGGAAGAAGUGCUACAGGAAAACCAAGGGCCAUGUGGUGGAUUCUCUGAGAUGUACGCCGUGCUGUGUGACUACAGCGGCCUUCCUUUGCGAGAGGAGAUCCAGUGGGAUGUGGAUAAUGUCUAUCACAAGCAGGGAUGCAAAGAGUUCAACCUACUGGAUUUCGGAUACCUGGACAGCCAGGAUGUAGCUCUCGGUGUGGCCGCCCUGUCUUGUAACCGGUGGUUCACAAGGUUGUACUGCAAAGAUGUCAAGCUGAAUCAAGAUAUUCUGGACCAAAUCCUUUAUGCACUCAGCACAUCUGUGACUUUGGAAGAACUGGUGUUAGAAAACUGUGCCUUGAAGGUGGAGUUUGCACAGCGGAUGGCCCAGGUACUGGCCAAUCACCCUGGCUCUGUCUUGAACACGAUUAAUCUUUCUGGAAACCUGCUGGAGGACCGAGGCAUCAUCACUUUGAGCCAGAACUCUGAGCGACUCUACAAGAGCCUCCAAAGCCUGAGCCUGGCUAGAACCUCUUUGACUUCGAAAGGAAUGGCUGUCCUUUGCCAGGCACUAGUCUCCAAUGGGCUAUUCAGAACCUCCCUGUGCCACCUGGACCUUUCUGGGAACCUGGGGAGCCUGGCUACUGAUGAUGCUUGCGGCUUGUAUUUUUUCCUGAGCCAGCCAAAUGCCUUGGCUCACCUUGACUUAUCUGGGACGGACUGCGCUUUGGAUCUGCUCUUCGGUGCUCUGGCAGGUGGAUGCUGCGGGAGCCUCGUCCAUCUGAACCUCUCCAAGAAUGUCUACUCGCACAAAAAGAACAGAGAGGCUCCUCCUGCGAUUGGCAAGUUCUUCAGGAAGGCCUCGGUCCUCCAACACGUUUCGUUGGCUGGGACCAAGCUACCCCCAGAAGCUUUGAGAGCCUUGCUGCAGGGCUUGGCGCGGAAUUCCCAGCUGAGCGGCCUGCACCUGGACCUCAGUGGCUGUGAGCUGAGAUCCGCCGGUGCCCAGGUGAUCCAAGACCUGCUGUUGGAUGCCAGCUCAAUUGGGGACUUGAAUUUGUCUGACAACGGCUUCGAUUCUGACAUGGUGACAUUGGUGUUGGCAAUCAGUCGAAGCAGAUCCAUCAGACACAUCGCUCUAGGAAAGAACUUUAAUAUCCGGUCCAGGGAAGCCCUGGAUGAUAUUUUGCACCGGAUUGUUCAACUUAUUCAGGAUGAAGACUGCUCUGUCAAAUCCCUGUCAGUGGCAGAAUCCCGCCUGAAAUUGGGAACCAGCAUUCUCCUGGAUAGCUUGGGAAGCAGCAGCAGCAACCUUGUGAUGCUGGACAUCAGUGGCAACGCCAUGGGAGACUUUGGUGCCAAGAUACUGGCGAAAGCCUUGUCAAUGAACACAACACUCAGGACUCUAAUUUGGGACAGGAACAACACGACAGUCUAUGGAUUCCUUGACGUGGCCCGUGCUUUGGAGAGGAAUUUCACCCUGAAAGUCAUGCCUUUGCCAGUGACUGAUGUGGCUCAGGCUUAUCGAAGCCAUCCAGAGAAAAUUGAGGAGGUUGUGCACAAGAUACAGUCACAUCUCGCAAGAAAUCAAAUGCAAGAAACCUUCCCCAAGGAGAAACUGGAGUUGCAGCCAGACAGCGUAGCUGGCUCUUCUGAACAGGUUGUGACGUGGGCAUGCCAGUCCGUGCAGCUGAGCAUUGAGAUGCUCAGCUCUGUCCAAGACGUGGAGAUUAAAGCUGACAUCCUCCGGGCAAAGGAAACCAUUGUGGAUGCACAUCUCGCCAUCAGCGCCCUUGUGCAAGCCAUGCUGGACACUGUGCAGAGUUUCUGCCCAAAGCUCCUGCAGAAAAGCAGCUUUCGGGACCACCUGAUCCGCAGCGUGCCCGAGAAAGUCCUCCUGGACCAGUUGCGGACACAAGUGGAAAGCAAACGAACGGGGAUCAAGCAGUCAGUCGCAGUCGCCGUGGCCAGAGGUAUCGUUGAAAAGACUUUGGAGGAGCUGUCAGACAUUCGGGACAAGCUGGCAAAGGACCUCCUGAAACAUGAUGAAGAAUUGCAGAUGGGCAACGCGGAAUGGUCCGCUUUGCUGGAGAGGCACGGAAGCCUACAGAAGGCUGCCGAGAAGGGCUUCCCAAGCAAGGAGGUUUGGAGCUUUCAGUCCUCGCACAAAAGGACAAUGACACGGAAACACGACUGCUAUCUGAGCCCCCUGCCAGCAUCCAACCUCAACAGUCUAUCGGAACUCGAUUUGAAGGUUGAGGCGGAAGAUAACAAGAUCGGGACUCCCCAGGCUGGGCUGUCACUCAGCUGUGCCUCCUCCGCCAAGUCACGCCCUGCCUCCACAAAGGAUGCUGAGGCUGGGAGCGGGCUGCCUCCUCGCGCAGAGCCUGCACCCGCACGAUCCCUUAUGGACCUGCCGACUGCGGGAGAGAAAUUGGAGCAUCACACCCGAGGCAGGCCCCGGCCCAACCGCAGGAACAGGCAGCCCCCGAGCAAGCCCAAUGUGCAGCCAGCAGUGCGUGAGAACGAUGAAGACCGAAGCAUCUCGAGGCUGGAUGAAGGCCUAGAUGACUUCUUCACAAAGACAGUGAUUCAUGAGCACUUACCCCCCGUGCUGUUGGAAGCCUCCCCGGCAUUGGCCGCACCGCCGUCUUCUGGCUCUCGGACCCUCAAAAAGAAAAUAGGACACUUCUUUGCCUUCAAGAAGCCCAAGUCGGGCCGGGCCACCAGACCAGAGAAGGAGCCCGAGGGUAGCCCUUCAGCCACACGGGGCAGGAGGCUGAUGCUAAGUGACAUUCUGAGGGCCCCCAGCAAAGCCAGUGAAUCCCCAAAAGGACUAAGCAAGUCUGAAGAAGGAGGGCUGGCCGGGGAUGGCAGAAGCCCCCUGGAGCAGAGCCAGACCCCUGACAGUUCUCGCAGAACCAGGACUAACUACUCCCGGGAGGGAAAGUCCCAAUCCCUGAUACUCCUGUCCGGGGAGGAUGAAGAGACACUCGGGGUGAGACAUGAGAAAAAGAGGCUGUUCGAGAGGAGUGAUGGCGAGCUGCCCAGUUCCUUCGAGCAGAGGGUCCACGUUAUGCUGCAUCGGAUUGGUGUCACCAAGGUGUUACCUUCCGAAGGGAAGAAGAAGCAGAACAAAGAUGGGGAAAUCAAGAAAGCAGGUUCUGAUGGGGACAUUGUGGACAGCUCAGCAGAGUCUCCUCCUUGCUCCUUGAAAUCACGGACACACUCCAUGUCCACAGGCAACCCCUCUGUGCGGUUGGGUCCUGCCGAUGCCACCAGAAGGACCGGAACGGAGCUGAGUGGUGGACCCGGUGAAGGGAGACUCUCCUGGAAGGCUCUUGGGAAGCAACUGAAUGCAGAGCUCAAAGGCAAAUGCUCAGAACUCAGCUCUUCCCCGAGAAGAGCUUUUGCCCUUCAGGAGCCAGCCAGCCCCAGAGAGCAGAAAGGCAGGGAGAGUUGGACCAGCAGUUUGCCCAGGAUCGGGAGAAGCACCGCGGGCGCUCCUCCCUUCAGAAGAACCAGCAAUGCCGAAGAAGGACGGGCUUUCUCCGAACUGCAGAAUUCAUAUGCUGACGUAAACAUGAUUGCGGGAGACAAUCAACUCAAACCCAAACCUCGUCUGAAGCCCGUGGCAAACCGGAGGGCCAUGUCUGUUCACGAAGAACAGCUCAGGGACCAAGCCAGUGCGGUAGAGCUGCACCAUACAAAACUUCCUCUUUGUCUGCAACGCUCCCCAAUCCUGAAAUGGAAGAUGAAGCCCAAGUCCCUGCUGGAACCUGAGACACCUGCAUCAUCUGACUCCCCAGGCACUCCACCCCAGGAAAGGACCGCGGCAACCACCGAGUCAAGGCCGAAAGAAGACACGGGCGACGAGUCGCAACCCGCUCUGGAACAGACUCUUGAGAAUGCACAGAACACAGCCCUAGACCAAAGAACUGCUGUGCCGCCCCCAAAGUCACCAACGCAGGAGCACUGAGUGGGUGGCGGUUGCUCCUGCAUGA